GCAAGGACUUCAAAAAUACAUCUCCCAGGACAACCUACGCGGACAGAGCAGCCCGUCUAGCCAAUGUGAGCAGAUAUGAGAGGCGUCCGCCCAUCAAAGCCAUAAAUUUAGCGGGUUUUUUUUUUGUUUUGUUUUAUUAUUAAUUGUUUUAAUAAAUUCGUCAACGUUAAAAUUGAUUGAGCAUCUAUAGCUUAUUAAUGACGAACGAUCCCUAAACAGCAAAUGGAGCGAUAUCUCCCCCCAGUCGUUUGAAUUAUAUAAUGUUCACAAUCCAGGCAUCUAACAUGCUAGGGUGUACCUGUUUGGGGGAGUGGGCUGGUCUUGAACAAAAACAGUGAUUCAAACUUGGAUUAUGAUGCAAUAAAACCUAUUAAUUAAAAAAGGGGUCAGUAAUACAAGAAGCCGCAGUUUAUACUGCAAAGUGUCUCGGUAAACUGCGUUUUGUGGUGCCUUGUCAGUGUUUUUGUUUCUUGCAGGGUAGCACCGCCCUUCCUGGUGGAGCUGCCACUCAGCAGGCAGAGGACCUGGUUAUCCCGGCCGGAGGAGCUACGCCACAGCCCAGCAGCAGCCAUUCGUGGAAAAAUAGGCCGUCCUUACCCGAGCCUCAGCCAGCCUCUGAAUCCAUACCGUCCGGCCUUUUUUCUUAAACUACUCCUCUCUGUGUUUUUAUUAAUGCGGAAUGAGUGAUCAAAAGAAAGAAACGAUGGCGACAGAAGGAGGGAAAUCAUCUGGUGGGGAUUAUGGCAAUAAAGGCAAAACUUCUGUAUUGCAGGACGCUCAACCCUCUCCUCUGGCACUGCUAGCCGCUACUUGCAGCAAAAUAGGAGGGGCUCCAGGUGAAAACCAGGCAGGGGGACAGCAACACAUUAUCAUCGAUCCCAGUCAAGGGCUUGUUCAGUUGCAAAACCAACCGCAGCAGCUGGAACUGGUCACUACACAGCUUGCUGGGAACGCCUGGCAGAUCGUCGCAGCAGCUCCGGCGGUAUCAAAAGAGAACAGUGCACAGCAAGGGGUUGCUGUGGUCACCAGUGCACCCGGCAGCAACAAUGACAGCAUCGCCACCAGCAAAGCUAAGACCGUCACCUCCAACAAUGUUACAGUGGGGCAGCAGCAAUUCCAAGUCAUUCAGGUGCAGAAUAUGCAGAAUUCGACCGGCGCCGUCCAGUAUCAGGUGAUUCCGCAGAUUCAGACUUUGGAUGGCCAGCAGAUCCAGUUCAGCUCCGUAAACCCCACAGCUCUGAACUUGCAGCACGACCAAAUUCAGUUCAUACCUGCUGGAAAUAACCAGGCCAUCAUCACUACGCCAAACAGGGCUACCUCUGCAAAUAUUGUUCCCCAGAAUGUGGCGAAUCAAGCGAUACCCUUUCAAAUCAGGCCGGGGAUGUCUUUCCCGUUGCAGUUGCAGACAAUUGCUGGCGCUCAGACUCAAAUGGUGACCACCGUACCCAUUAACAUAGGCGGAGUUACUUUGGCAUUGCCUGUGAUAAACAAUGUGGCCGCGGGAGGAGGGUCUCUCCAGCUUGUUCAGCCUGCUGAUGGUGGGGUCUCUAACGGAAAUCAGCUGGCAACCACGCCUAUCUCCAGUGCUGUCAGUAGCAUGCCGGGAUCUCCCUCCUGCACAACCACUGCAGCUGCGACCCUGUCCGGCAGUGACACUCUUGUGGUAAACUCUGCAGAAGCUGGACAGUACACCAACGCCUCCUCCACACCAGAAAGUGCAUCUGAACAAGAAUCUCACAAUGUCACGGGUAAUGAGCCUGAUGGUUCGAGCCCGGUUCAGGCUAACGGAUUGCAAACGGUUCAGGACCAGUCGAAUCAGAUUCAGCAGGUGCAGAUUGUGGGACAGCCCAUGCUGCAGCAAAUACAGAUCCACCAGCCCCAGCAACCGCUGAUACAGGGUCUUUCACAACAGGCAAUUCAGCUCCAGCCGGGGCAGACUGUUCAGCCUUUGCAGAACGUUCAGCUCCAGGCAGUGCAGAGUCCAGCCCAGGUGCUCAUUCGGGCCCCGACUUUGACACCGUCUGGGCAGAUCAGCUGGCAGACCGUGCAGGUGCAGAACCUUCAGAACCUUUCCAAUGUGCACUUGCAGAACGCAGGAAUGCCCCAACAGCUCACCUUUACCCCGGUGACCUCAAACGCGACAGGGAGCACGUUUGCCCAAAUCACGCCUCUUACUGUUGGUGGUACUCCCAUUACUUUAAAUGCUGCCCAGCUCACAUCGUUGCCCAACAUACAGACAGUUAACAUUGCAAAUCUUGGAGCUGCCGGGGUUCAAGUACAGGGAGUUCCCGUCACCAUCACAGGUGUAACAGGCCAGCAGCAGAACCAGGAUGGAGUGAAGGUUCAGUCCUCUCCAGUAACAGUAGCCGUGGGGAACAUUGCAAAUGCUGUCAGCCCCGACCAGAUCACACAAGUGCAAAUUCAGCAGACCCAGCAAGUCUCUGACCAGGAGGGGCAGCCAGGAAAGAGGCUCAGGAGGGUCGCCUGCUCAUGUCCCAACUGCCGGGAUGUAGAAGGAAGAAACAACAGCGAGCCUGGGAAGAAGAAGCAGCACAUCUGCCACAUCGAGGGCUGCGGGAAAGUGUAUGGGAAGACGUCUCACCUGCGAGCACACUUGCGCUGGCACACGGGAGAGAGGCCCUUUGUGUGUAACUGGAUCUUCUGUGGGAAGCGCUUCACCCGGAGUGACGAGCUGCAGAGACACCGGCGCACCCACACAGGUGAGAAAAGAUUUGAAUGCCUAGAAUGUUCAAAGAGGUUCAUGAGAAGCGACCACCUUUCCAAGCACAUCAAAACUCACCAGAACAAGAAGGGUGGUGCAGCCUUGGCUAUUGUCACCACUGAGGACAUGGAGGACACUGUGAACGAUGUCCUGGGCUCCCCACGGAUUGUCACCAUAACCUCGCUGUCCCAGGAUUCAAACCCAGCUUCCCCAAACGCAUCAAGCAACAUGGAUGAGUUUUAAAGAGGAAUUUGUAUACCUAGGUACCAAUUUGCACUCAAGGUUGCAUACCUUUCAAGAUAUGAAAGUGGACGGAAAAACAAAAUAAAAACAUGCACAUCAGAAGAUUUUGUUAUGGUAGAUUUAAAAUUAAAUAAAUGUAUAAUAACAGAUUCUAGUAAUACUGGCGAAUGCCUUUUAAUACUAGUAAAAAAUAAAUGAAUAAAUAAAAUAAGCACAAUGAUUCAGAAUAAUCAUAUAAAUGCAGUGGGUAUUUCACUAUAAAAAAAAAAAAAAAGUGUGGCAGAAAAUCUGUUUUUAUGCAAAACAGAGUUGCCAGUUUGCACCCCUUGAUUAACUGAAAUGUUAGGUUAAAAUAACUGGCCUUGCUCUUCUCGUUGAAAAAGGAUCAGAAAGUUGAUGGUAUCAUAAAGACAUACACGGGACAGGCCAGUAUGCCUGUGCUAAAUGUCUUCUGUUUAACAGAUUACGGCUUUCUUCUUUUGUUUUAAAGAAUACUUGACCGUAAGGUUGUGCCGAUAUUGUAAUUUUCAUACUGUGACGAUAACAUAAAAAAUAUCGUGAUAUUCGAUAAUACUGUCAUUUUUGAGGCCCCACACCACAUACAGAUUUGAGAACGUAAGACUCGACAACAUACCCGCCGUCAGUCCACCAAAAAACAUUUGCAAAGUCAAAACCAUGU